GAUUGUACUCCGUACUAUGGCGGACUUCCCCUCUCCAACCUCGGAGGCGGCCCGGGCGGCCAAACCAACGCCCAACAUCGAUGCCUCGGACGCGGUCUUGCACAUCAACAGCGCGUCGCUCAUCGAUGCCUCCUCCCAAGAUGUUUGGAAUACAUUGGUCGAUACAUCCACCUGGCCGUCAUGGAAUACCUUUGUCCCGCGAGUCUCCAUCCGCGAACAACCCGGAACCGACGAGCAGCCUGCCUCUUCCGACGCGCCUUCCCCGAUCCUCCAACUGGGCACCAAAAUGACUUUCCAUGUCCAAAUGGACCCCUCUUCUCCCCAGCCGCAGAAUGCACAAGGGGUGGCGCUAACGGUGGUCGAGUUUGACCCACCCGACGCUGCGACGCACAAACCCGGCCGGAUUGUUUGGGUCAACGACGUGACUGCCAAGGGAGGCAUUCCGUCCUUCCUCUUGACUGCGGAGAGAGUUCACGAGAUCGAAGAGGUGGUCGUUGAAUCGGAGGGAGGGCCGACGCGACGAGUCACCGAGGUGCGGAACUGGGAGGCGCAAGUCGGAUAUUUGGUCUACGUGGUGCGGUGGAUGUAUGGCGCGCAGCUGAAGAAGAACUUCGAGACGUGGGUGCGCGAUUUAAAGCAAUAUGUUGAGCAGCAGAAAUCGAAGACUUAGAGAAGCUCUCUCGAGGAAGAUGGUCGAUGACGACUGGAGACCUAUCUACUGACUACGUCGAUAUGCGGGGUCGCGGAUUCCUGUCUCCAACCGCAGAGUCAUGGUUAUCUUUAUCCCGGACACUUACCUCCCUCGCGUUAUUAACCGUAGGGACUUACGUAUGGUUACCUAUGGAAGCUGUGGGUUGGGUCAGGGUGAAAGGCACUAAUCAUCGCAUUUCCGGACCAGCCUCAUUUCACAGGACCGGCACUGAUUGGAUCCUCCCCCAUGACCUGCGUGGAUCUAGGCGUUUCCCACUAGUUAUGCAGCAUCUCCCACCCCGGUCGAAGCGGAUUCUACUGGCCACUAAUGAGUAUGAGGUAAUUUCGUGUCUGCCUAUGAAUGCCAUCUGCC